AUGUCCGCUGAGCCGGCCCCGGCCGCCGCCGCCGCCCCCCCCGAGCAGGCCCCCGGCCCCGAGCCGCCGGCGGGCGGCGAGGCGGCCGAGCACCGGGCGCUGGUGCUGACGGGCUUCGGCGGCUACGAGAAGCUGAAGGUGCAGGCGCGGCGCGGCGGCGGCCCGCGGCCCGGCGAGGUCUCGGUGCGCGUCCGCGCCUGCGGCCUCAACUUCGCCGACCUGAUGGCGCGGCAGGGGCUGUACGACCGGCUGCCGCCGCCGCCCGUCUGCCCCGGCAUGGAGUGCGCCGGCACCGUCCGCGCCCUCGGCGACGGCGUCCGCGACCGACAGGUUGGCGAUAAGGUAAUGGUCCUGGCUAGGUCAGGGCUCUGGCAAGAAGUCGUGAACGUGCCAGCCAGUCAGACUUUCCUGAUGCCUGAGGGGAUGAGCUUUGAGGAAGCGGCUGCUCUUCUUGUCAACUACAUCACUGCCUACAUGAUCCUGUUUGACUUUGGAAACCUGAGACCCAACCAGAGCGUCCUCAUCCACAUGGCUGCAGGUGGUGUGGGAACUGCUGCCAUCCAGCUGUGCAAGACCGUAGAAAACGUCACCAUUUUUGGCACAGCGUCUGCCUCCAAGCAUGACUCACUCAAGGAGAGCGGAGUUGCUCACCCCAUUGACUACAGAACGACGGAUUAUGCCGAGGAGGUCCGGAAAAUCUCUCCCAAAGGUGUUGACAUUGUCCUGGACCCCCUGGGAGGAUCCGAUACGUCCAAAGCGUUUAACCUGUUGAAGCCGAUGGGCAAACUCAUCACUUACGGGGUAGCAAACCUGCUCACUGGGCAGAAGAAGAACCUCAUGGCUAUGGCUAAAACCUGGUGGAACCAGUUCAGCAUCAAUGCCUUGCAGCUCCUACACCAUAACAAGGCUGUAUGUGGCUACCACCUUGGAUAUAUGGAUGAAGAAUUUGAGCUUGUCAGAGGUGUUGUAGCCAAGCUGGUUAACCUGUACAGUCAAGGCAAAAUCAAGCCCAAAAUAGACUCUGUAUGGCCCUUUGAUCAGGUGGCAGAUGCCAUGAGGCAGAUGCAAGAGAAGAAGAAUGUUGGAAAAGUCAUCCUGGUUCCUGAAGCACCCAAGGAAGAAUCCAAAAAAGAGGAGAACUAAGGAGAAGAGAUGCGUGCAGAUUGUGAAUUCAUGGUUUAACUCCCUGAUCAAUUUGGGACCUGGAAAUGGACAGAUCAGUAGCUUCCAUCUUCACCAGUACAAGAACAUCAUGGUUAAAGUUCAGAUGAGGUUUGCAUGCUCUUGUCGUGACUGACCCUUUGCCAGAUAUGCCUCCUGCCCUAACUCUCUCUUUUGAAGCCUGUUUAUUUCUUACAUUUUUCUAAUCACUUGUUUCUCUACUGAAUUUCCAAACUAACCUUAUUUUUCUCUGGCAGUGCAGCUGAAGCUUCCAGGCAGUUGGUGAUUA